AUGGCUAUCACCGGUGACCAUGCGCCCAGUGUGUCUGGCAGCGUCAUUAUGUUGACGGCUCUCGCUUUUAUUAGCUUUUUCCUGCGUAUAUAUUGCCGAGUGAGCAGGAGAUCCUGGGCUACGGAGGAUUGGAUUAUGACGGCGGCGGUGGUACCCUUCAUUGCGCUGGCAGUAGGAUGUAUUGGGGGUUCGUUCAACGGUAUCGGCAUCCACGUCUCACGGUUAAGUCAACCCGGAAACGAAAAGUAUCAGGCAAACGGCCAGAAGUUCUUCCUUAUCUUCGAAGUGGGAUAUUGCGCCGCCAUCAUCCCAAUCAAGCUCAGCAUCAGUUGGAUGUUGAUUCGAGUGGCCGAGGGCCGGAAGGUGUAUAUCUACAUUCAGUAUGCAACAAUCGCGGUCUUCACAGUGAUGAAUGUCAUCGCGUUGAUUUUCAUCCUCACCAAUUGCAUUCCCACCGAGGCCAUGUGGGACACUUCUAUUAUUGAAAAGGGAGAAGGAAGCUGUAAACCUGCCCACGUCUUGACGGAUGUCUACUACGCCACUACCGCCGUGAACAUUAUGACUGACUGGAUUACCGCUUUGAUGCCAAUCCCCCUCCUUUGGAAUGUCCAACUCGACCGCAACAGCAAAGCAGCUGUAAUCGGUCUCAUGAGUCUCGGUAUUCUUGCCUCACUUUCAGCCUGCAUCCGCCUCAAGUACACAAUCAACCUCACCAACCAAACCGACUUCCUCUACGCCGUCGCCAAUGUCGUCAUCUGGGGCUUUGCCGAAAACGCCAUCGGCAUGUUCGUCGGCAACAUCGCUACUCUCCGUCCCCUCUUCCGGAAAUUCUUCAACAGCACGCUCCGCCGAACAGGAUAUUCCAGUCGAAGCCGACCUUCGCGUCUUGCUUCCAACUACGAGCUCUCGCAGCACGGCCCGUCGAAGAGCCAUGACGGCUACAUGUCUUCAACCGUGACAGAGGUCAAGGGGAAUCACCAGGGCAGGAGGGGGCGCAGGGAUAGCCAGCUGAGCGAUGAUAGCCAGAAGUUAAUAUUCGAUGGCAGGGGUCCCGGCGCUGGCGGCGCUGGCAUUGGCGCCGGUACCCAGCGGACGGACAUUAUGGUUAGUCGACACGUUAAUGUCACUUACGAGCAGUAG